GAGUAAAAUGUUAUCAUUUGAAAAACGCCCGAUCUCCAGAACGAGCUAGUAAGCCUCACAAAUCGCACGUAAUUUUUUAUACGAGCUUCAUAAAAUGGCAUUUCCGCAUCCAUGGUUACCUCCUUUUGACUACAAGAUUUCUAUUCUCGGUGCUGGCGGCGUAGGAAAGACCUCACUUCUAAAGACUUUCUUUGGGCAUAAAUUCUCCGAAAAGCAUGUCCCAACAGUUGAUGACUACUUCAUUCACUCGGUAAACAUUGACGGGGUUUAUUACAGCACAUGCAUUGUGGACACUGCGGGGACAUAUGCGUUUCCUGUUAUGAGAAGACUCGCCAUUCAUACCUGCCAAGCGUUCAUAGUCGUCUUCGCGAUAAACAGCGAGAGCUCAUUCAGGGAAGCUUUUGAGAUAAUUGACGAGAUUUAUUCCAUCAAAGUGAAGGCGGGAAGCGAGGCGAAGAAGAUAAUAUUAAACCUCGUCGCCAAUAAGCUUGAUAUUGACUGCCGAGAAAGGGUUAUUACUGCUGCCCGAGCACACGCCGAAUUGAGUAAGAGGUCGUGGCUAACAGGGGAAUACAUGGAGAUUUCUUCUAUGUUAAACUUUCGAGUGGAGAGAACUUUUCAUAGUCUAGUGAAGCUUAUUGUUGAGGACUUUGAGGAGAAAGAGAAGAAGAAGGGGAGAGUGCGUUCGACCAAGAAGAUGCGAAGCUUGAAAGGAAAAUCAAAGAAUGGGAAACGGAAAUUGAAGAAGGUGAAAAGUGAUGAUACUUGCAUAAUAACGUGAAUUUCUAGUCAUAAAUUCCUAAUGUAUUUCAAAGAUACAGUCAAGCAAGCUUUUUAAAUACGAGCCUAUAUAAUUUUAUGGGAGCUAAACGUUAAUAAUGUUGAAACAUUAGGCUCGCGUCAUAAAAUUUAGCCGGGUUAUUUAAGUUAUGUACAAUGACUAUUUUAGACAGAUUUUUAACGAGCUUCGUUUUACCAACACACUAACUCCGCAUCAAGUGUUUACUAGGGCGGAACAACAAAAGCUCGACCCUUAAAUCGGUGUCGUGCUAUUGUCGUGCAGCACGACUGGCGCAGCCGCGCACAGCACCGUGCCGAAUUUAUUCAGACGUCGACUAUUUCAUGUACCCAAUCCAAACAAUUAGAUUUUGCACGGCACGACGUAUAAAUCGGGCCUUAAUGGAGGAACAAUACAACACAUAGAACAUUUCUAUAAAAUAAUUAUUUUACCCUUACUCCUAUCAUACCUAUUAUUAAUAUAUACAUAUUGUACAAAUUUUUAACAAGAAUAUUAUAAAUAAGUUUUAUUAAGAAGAAUUUUAUUAAAGCAUUUUAUUAAAUCCA